AUGAACCUCCUCCAGAUCUCAGCGGGUAACUGUGGCCACUGGGGACAAGGUUUAAACACGAGGGCUUCUGAAGAAUGCAAGAAUUGCAGUCAGGGAGAAAGAUCACUGAUCAGCGUCUCCUUUCUUAGCAGGAAGAGGUUUCCAAAGUACUGCAACAUUUGUUGUUUUAUCAUUUUGUACAUCUCUCUUGUCCCCUUCUGUUAUGGAUUAUACACGGUCUUCUCCCUUAGCUAUAGAAAGCCUGAGGAUGGGGCCUUACACCUCUGUAUCCCCAGAACCUAGCAGGGUACUGAAUCUAUACUAUAUGCCAAUAAGUAUUUUCUAAGCGACCAAAAGUUAUUCAGCUGGUUAUUGAGCAGGGAAAAAAGGCAUUACAGACGUAUUCUUGAGAAGCACGUGGCCUUGUAUAGAGAUCAUUCUAACAUACCUGGAACGAUUAAGCCACAAUAAAUGACCCACAGCAUUGAGUAUUAAACUGUGUUCCACAGAGCAUACACACUGUAAGAAGUUAUAGCGGGAACAAGUUAAAGUAACGUGGCUGAUUCAGGGGAAGGCAUGGUCAAAGCAGGAUUCGGGUAAGCCUUCAAGCAUGAUCAGAUUCCUGCUGAAAGAACAGCUCGAGACAACCCCGAGGUGGCUUCCGACAGACUCCUCCAGGCCUCCGCAGAAUCCGAGCUCCUUCGCCUAAGGCUAAGGGCCCCACGGUCUGGAGGGCGGCAGGGCGCCACCCACGGCGAGGCCCGACCCCAGCGGCAGCUCGAGGCCCCCCGCCCGCUCCCUGUCGCCGGCACACGCUGCUCUCUUCGCACAGCGCGGGCGGACACCGGGCAGAGUCCGAGGCGCUCCUCCUCUGCGGGGCGCAGGCGCCGUUCGCGCUAGAUCGUUCUGUUCUUACACGGUUCUUGCCGGGCUCUUGCCUGCCGCCCUGGCUGAUUUAUAGGGGAGAUGAAUCACGGUCAGGCUAGCCCUAACCCCUGCUCAUGCGUUUCCUCGAGGUUUUCUGACGAGACCGGGACCUACAGCAGGACCCACAGAAAGAAACACGGCUCGGGCUGCCCUGUCCUACACGACGCCAGAGGUCCGGGCGGGGCGCGCGAGCCGUCUCAAAGCUCCGCACUCACACUCCGAGACCUCGGCCCGGAAGCACCAUCCCUCUCCUUCCCAGAGACUUCCGGGGCGGGGGGAAGUGGGCGGAGUCAGGGCCGGAAGCACAGGGGCGGGCCCCUGUUCUUUAGUCUCGUUAGGAGCCCUGCCUCAGCUCUCGGCUAGGGCAUAGUUACAUCGUCGUGUGGGGUGUCUUAUGUCUGGUCGCGCUCCCUGCCGCUUUACCAUGGGGUUAGAAAUCGACCUGAGGGAAAUCUGACACCAAUGAGCGGGUGGGGAGGCAGCCCCUCUGCUGGCUCCUCCGUGUAUGGAAGUUCUGCCCCCGCCUUCUCGCACUGUCUGAUUCCUUUUGCUCCACACCCCCUCUAGCCGCCCGAUUUUACCCCUUUUCAGCCACCCGCGCCUCCAUUAUGUAUGAUCGGGCUCCUCGCUGGCUCAGAUUGGCGAAAGGUGGCAGCACUGAGGAUCACGUGGGGCCUGGGUCCUACCAGGUACCUUUCCUGAAGCAGCAGGCAACAGGUGGCUAUGCCCCAUUCCUUUCUUUGGCUGCCAGAGACAGCUCUUUUACUGUUCCCUCUAACACUGAGAAAGCUGUUCCAGGUCCAGGACACUAUAAUGUUUCAGAAGCACAGUAUCACAUAAAAGGAGGCCAUAGUUUACAAAACCGGGAGAAACGUUUUAAGAAGUUUAUUUCAGAUGGUCCAGGACCAGCAAGCUAUGAUCAGUCCUUUCCCGGAACGUUAGAUAUUGUGAACAGAAAAGCACUAGAGGCUAAAGAGCAUCUUCACUCAAAAAUUUCCAGGGCACCUACAGUUUCUAGAAGUGUUUAUGUUCCUUCAAUUCCUUCUUGUGGACAGUCAUAUGGUUAUCAUAUUAAGGAGGAUGGCAGUAUUAUAAAACAUUUUCCACCUGCUAGUGACAGCACGCUAGGUCCAGCCUACUACAAACCUCAAUUUGAUUUUUCCAAUGCAACUUUGAAAUACAAGGGGAUACAUUUUGGCAACUCUUUGGGAAGACUAGAGUUACCCAUAAAGUCAGGGCCUGGUCCUGGACAGUAUGAUAUAGUCCAGAAAAAGACACCACAUUAUGAAAAUAUUAACAUCAAGAGAGAUCAACAGCAAAAUUAUUGCUUAUCUCUCCCACGACUUUAUGAAGUAAUAAUAUUGCAGGAGGAAAAAAAGGGAGUACCAGGGCCUGGAAAAUAUGACAUUAAAAGUCAAUUUCAGAAGACUGAAAGUAUGACAUCAAAUGUAAAUGAUCCAUCACCUGCUUUUCUUUCUCAGUCCCAGAGAUUUGUACCUAUCAAAUCAAUCACUCCAGCUCCUGGCACAUAUGAUGAAUCUCGAACUGCUUUCGAGUCCUUGAAGAAAAUACCAGGACUGAAAAAUACCCCAUUUGGUCAAAGUGCUGCUUGAUUCACACAGAAUUCUAGGAUAGAAGAAAUGCCAGGUCCUGGGUUUUAUAAUCUGAACAAUACUAUAAUUGACAACUUGAGCAAUACCUGCUUGAAGAAACAAAAGAAAGGUGCAUUUGGUUCUUCUGUUCCUCGGACUUUGUUCCUGGUUCAAGAAGAAGAUUUUACUACUCCCGGGCCUGCUGAUUAUCAGGUCAGUGGAAUUUCUGAUGAACCACGUAACUUGACUAACCGAUGUGCUGCUUUCUUGUCAAGAACGGAAAGAAUUAUUAAACUAUCAGAUAUGGAAAUUCCAGCACCAGGCAGCUAUGAUGUUCAAAAAUCCUAUGAGAUGUCCCAAAUUCAACAUAAAUACAUGCCACCUCGUAGUUUCAUGGCUAAAAUAAAACAUGCCUCCUUUCUUAGCACAACUCCUCGUGGCCUGGACACAAUGACUGAUGGGCCAGGGCCUGCAACAUACAAUCCUGUUUUACAGAAAUCUUGCUCCAUACCCUUAUUUUUUAAAGCAUCAAAACGUUUUAAAGAUUCCAAAGAGAUUACUCCUGGUCCAGCGACAUAUGAGCUCAGUCCGUUUUUAAGACAUUCUGUUUUGAAGAGAACAUUUAAUGUCACUCUACCAAAUUCUGUCCUUCUUAAGACAGAAAACACUUCAACUAUACAACAAAAAGCCAAACCAAAACACCGACGAAGCAAAGUAGAAUCUUCUAAAUGAUAUAUUCCAAAGGUAUUAUCUAUUAAUAUAAAGGUCAGCUGACAGUGCUCUCAUAAGAAGUAAUUCCGUUUUGAUGAUGUCUUCUAUCAGCUACUCAAAGGACCAGAAUUGCUCUUCUAACCUAGAGAGAUAGAAAAAUCUAUUCUUGCCAAACAUUUCUGUAUUUUUUCCUCAAAAAUUUUCCUAUUGCAAAAGCAGUAUAUAUAUUCAUUGCAUUCUUUCUAAACAUAUGUUACUAGUGUUUCCAUAUAAAAUAUAACUCUGAAUAAAGAUAUUUGAUGAAAGCCUUUCUUUUUCACUUUAGAAUCUCAUUCUCUAACUAGAGAAUGCAAUUACUUUCCAAAAACUAGGCAUACUGAAAUGAAGUAAAUGACUUUAUUAUGUGUAUGUAUCAUCCACUUGACUUAUUUUCUUACUCUUCAGUUCUCUGAAAUUAUAAAUGUGGAGAAUAAAAAUUGUAAAAGGAAUAUUCAGUAUGUUUUACUUCGUGUGAAUUUUAUGUGCUCUCAAAAGAGAGAGCAAGGAAAAAGUGUUUAAAUUAUGGCAACACAUAUAAUUCUCUCCAAUGGCCUACAUAUUUGGGGAAGGUAGAUAAGCUUAAAUAUUAAAUCCUAAGACUUUUGAGUUUAAUGCACUAGGUUUAACAUAAUCUUGAAGAACACAUCAGUCAGAGAUAAGGAUUUGGAUCAACGGUUCUUAAUUUUGGGAGGUAGCAUAAACUUCUUUCAAAUUUUGAUAAAAGCUUUGGAAACUUCAUUGGUGAAAAAUGAUAUGCAAAUAAAACUUAGCAUAAUUUCAAAGGAUUCAAGUAACCCUGAAAUCUUUCAGUGUGUUCUGGUUUAAGAAAACUUCAUCUAAAAUAUCUCCACGAAUGUACCUAAAAUUAGUCAUUCAAGAUUGGAACAAUAAAACUCAGAGUAAAUGGUCAAUGAAUUUGGAUUGGAUGAAUUGAAUUGAAUUGAGAAAACAGCGCGGAACUGAUGGUUGCAGGAAAUCUUGAGCUCAUGUCCUAGCUAUGUAACCCUAAGUUACUUAAUCAUCUAGUUCUUUGUUCUACGGCUAUAAAAUAAAGGAAUUGGUGUGCUAGAUUAGUCCUUUUCAAACAUAGAAGAUGCUGCUUCACAAUCACCAGAUGCAUUGAUAAAAUAACACAACUUCCACACAUCUAACAAUUCUCAACUGCUAUGAUCUGUCCUCCAGGAAUGAGCCCUGGAACCUGUAUUUUACUCUAAUUGCUUAUAUGGUAAACUCUAGCUACAUAAUCCCCCAGGUUUCUAUCAUCCCUAUAGUAUUUUUUUUUCCUCAGCUGCCUUUUUUAUAUGUUAUGUGAACCCUGUAAAAUACAGUUCUUCUCUCAGAAAAUUCAGAUGACCAAGAGCAUUUGAAGUGCAUUACAUAUGUUGCCACAUCCUUGCAUGAAUUUUUAAAGAUAAAAACUUUUUUGUUGUUUGCUUUCU